GUAAAUAUGCCCGCGGCCCGCGGCCCGGGGCGGCUUUUAAAGGGCCGUCACCUGGGCCGGCGCGUUGCUCCAGCUCCGGCCCUGCCGCUCCGACUCCCGCGCGCGCCCGGACUCCCGGCCCAGCCGCAGCCCCAGCAUGGCCCCUAAGCGCCAGCCCGCGCCGCCGCCGCUGGCCAAGAAGCCCCGGGGUGCAGCCGUCGCCCCCAAGGCCGAGGAGGCGCUCAGCUCGCUGGGCCCGAGGAAGGGAGAAAAAGAGCAACAGGAAGCGAUUGAACAUAUCGACGAAGUACAAAAUGAAAUAGACAGACUUAAUGAACAAGCCAGUGAGGAGAUUUUGAAAGUAGAACAGAAAUAUAACAAACUCCGCCAGCCAUUUUUUCAGAAGAGGUCGGAAUUGAUCGCCAAAAUCCCCAAUUUUUGGGUAACGACAUUUGUCAACCAUCCGCAAGUGUCUGCGCUGCUUGGGGAGGAGGAUGAAGAAGCGCUGCAUUAUUUGACAAGAGUUGAAGUGACAGAGUUUGAAGAUAUUAAAUCAGGUUACAGAAUAGAUUUUUAUUUUGAUGAAAACCCUUAUUUCGAAAAUAAAGUUCUCUCCAAAGAAUUUCAUCUGAAUGAGAGUGGUGAUCCAUCUUCAAAGGCCACUGAAAUCAAAUGGAAAUCUGGAAAGGAUUUGACGAAACGCUCAAGUCAAACGCAGAAUAAAGCCAGCAGGAAGAGACAGCACGAGGAACCAGAGAGUUUCUUUACCUGGUUCACUGACCACUCUGAUGCUGGGGCAGAUGAGCUGGGCGAGGUUAUCAAGGAUGACAUUUGGCCAAAUCCUUUACAAUACUACUUGGUUCCUGACAUGGAUGAUGAAGAAGGGGAAGGAGAAGAAGAUGAUGAUGAUGAUGAAGAGGAAGAAGGAUUGGAAGAUAUUGAUGAAGAAGGGGAUGAAGAUGAAGGUGAAGAAGAUGAAGAUGAUGAUGAGGGGGAGGAAGGAGAGGAGGAUGAAGGAGAAGACGACUAAAGGAACACAGACGGUUUCCGAUCUCUUCUCAUUUCCUCCAAUCCCUGGGAGCAAGUUGCAGCCUUUUUCUUUUCUUCUCCCUGCCCGGCCCCUCUUGUGCUCAGUCUCCCUGUUUUCGAGGUCUCUUUUCUCCUUUAUGCCAUGGUUCUCAACUUAAUUUGGGGAAACCUUGAACAGAAUUGAGUGGGGGAAAAAGAUCUCUACCGCUUUCUGUUCCAAAUUUGUUUUAUCCCUUCUUGUCUCUGCAAAAACUAUGGAAUCAACACCACCGUGCUCUGUGGGAAAAAAGAAAACCCUCUGCUCCCUUCGCUCUGCUGGAAGCCGGAGGGUGCUAGGCCCCUGUGUAGUAGUGCAUAGAUUCUAGCUUUUUCCCUCCUUUCUCUGUAUAUCGGGCUCAGAGAUCACACUGUGUCUCUAUGUGAAUAUGGACAGUUAGCAUUUACCAACAUGUAUCUGUCUACUUUCUCUUGUUUAAAAAAAGAAAAAAAAACUAAAAAAAAAAAAUAAAAGGGGGUUAUAGAACGGCAGCAAAAGGGUGGGUUUGAGAUGUUUGGGUGGGUUAAGUGGGCAUUUUGACAACAUGGCUUCUCCUUUGGCAUGUUUAAUUGUGAUGUUUAACGGACAUCCUUGCAGUUUAAAACGACACUUUUAAAGAUAAAAUUCUCUCCUAAUGAUGACUUGAGCCCUGCCACUCGAUGGGAGAAUCAGCAGAAACCUGUAGGAACUUAUUUGGAAUUGACAUUCUCUAUUGUAAUUUUGUUCCUGUUUAUUUUUAAAUUUUCUUUUGUUUCACUGGAAAGGAAAGAUGCUCAGUUUUAAACGUUAAAAAGUGUACAAGUUGCUUUGUUACAAUAAAACUAAAUGUGUACACAAA